CUCUGACGUCAGACGACGACAGAGAAACAGCUUCCUCUCUCAACUCCUCACUGACUCUCUAAAGAUGGCGGACACGUGUGGCCAGGUCUUGCUGGGUUCAGGUCUCACCGUCCUCUCUCACCCUCUGAUGUACAUUAAAGUCCUCAUCCAGGUAGGACAUGAGCCGCUCGCUCCCUCCCUGGGCAGGAACCUGUUUGGCAGACAAGUCUACCAGCUGCCUGGACUGUUCGCCUAUGCAAAACACAUCAUCAAGAUUGAUGGAAAAGCGGGUCUCUUCAACGGGCUCGGCCCGAGGCUCUGUGCUGGCUCCAUCGGCACAAUUGUGCACAGCAGAGUUGUGCAGAAAUGUCAGGAACAAGGCACACUUCAGGUACUGGGAGGUCAGAAGGCUGUGGAGGGCUCCCUACAGCACGUUGUUAACGAGACAACCAAAGAGAUGAUAGCUCGUUCCUGCGCCACCGUCGUCACGCAUCCCUUUCAUGUGAUUACUUUGCGAUGUAUGGUCCAGUUUAUUGGGAGAGAAACAAAAUACAGUGGGGUGUUUGACUCCAUCGUCACAGUCUACAGAGAAGAAGGCAUACUGGGCUUCUUUGCUGGUCUGAUUCCUCGCCUGCUCGGUGACAUCCUGUCUCUGUGGAUUUGUAACAUACUGGCUCACCUCAUCAACACAUACGCCAUUGAUGACUCGAUGAGUCACACGGGAGAAAUCAAGAACUGCUCUCAGGCUGUGACAGGCUUCUUCGCCAGUAUGCUUACAUACCCUUUUGUUUUGGUGUCAAACCUCAUGGCGGUCAAUAACUGCGGGCUUGCUGGAGGCCUGCCUCCCUAUGCAUCAGUAUAUCCCACCUGGGUGGACUGCUGGAGGCAUCUAAGCAGAGAGGGCAACAUGAGCAGAGGCAACAGUUUAUUUUUCCGAAAGCUUCCGGCAGGAAAGAUGUACGCAAUUGACCAGAAGAGAUUUUUUUAAAAGCCUCAAGAGAACUGAGCUGAACAUAGUUGUGAUAAUAAAAACAAACUCAACAUUGCCUGAUCUGGAGGUUGGACAGUCGGCACUUAAUCUUUUCUUUUUGUAUGCACUUGUUUACUAUGAGGGUUUAUUUUUCUUCUUGACAACCUGCAAUCAUGUGAAAUAAAAAAAGAAACAUGAAUUUCUAGCAGGUUUUAUUAACAGAAAUUUACAGAUUGAAACUGCAGGGCUGUAAGAUAACGAGAUGGUGCAUUAAUCUUUUUAAAACCCACAUGUACAAAAUGUGAUGGAAGGAUGCUGUCAAACCUGUCUGAACAAUGUUAUGAUGACCAAUGUGAAAGCCGCCCUCCCUCCUUUUUUUUUUUUUUAACAUAGAUUAUUGACAAUGACUCCCCUUCGUCCACGUGAUGAGAUUCGUUUGUUUGAAAACAACAUUUCAGUCUGCAUGUGGUAAUGUCUAAUAAUUCACACGUUAGUGAUCAAGUGGGACCUCUUGUCAUGUGGUAUUGUCUUGUUGUGUUAAUUAUCAUAAAGCUCACUGCUCGGCGGCCGUGUAAUGCUAGUGAAGAGAAGGGGAAAAGACUCCCGAUGAGAUGGUUGUUCAGGAGCAUGUUUGGAUGUACAGAGGCAUGGAGGGUAGCCGGAGAUGACCAAUAACCUCUUGGCACUCUGAGCAGCCAAGUGCUUGUAUCAACUCAUUCUGACUGACCCAAAUAAAAACUGCUUUUUUUGACCUCGUC